AUUUUUUUAAGAUUUUACUAAUUUUUAGAAAAUAUUUUCACGAUUUUUCUUGCCAAAUUUGGGGGAUUUUUUUUUAAAUGUAACUUUUAAGGAGUUAUUGGAAUUUUCUUCCUGAAGGUUUUGCAAAUUUUCAGAAAUUCGGGGAAUUUUUUGCUGAAUUUUUGUUUUGUUUUUCAGACAAAGAAAUAGUUUUUGGUGCCCGUAAAUGAGGACAACAGGAGGCUUAAAGUGUUCAGUAGAGCUGGACUUGAAUAUCCGGAGCCCAGAAACUGCUAUUCGGGCCAGCCCUAGUGUUCAGAUGCUGUGAAUCUUUGAUCAUCUGAUUGAUUAAGGAUCAGUUUCACUCUCGUGGGACCUGCUCAUGUCAAAUAGACUCAUAAAUAAUAAUAAUAGUAUUUCUAUAAAUGUACACGUUCAUUUGUUGUAGCACUCAGCUCAUAGUACUGUCAGUAGUACUACUGCUAGUACUGUUCGUAGUACCAGAGCUACUCCUGCAGUUCCUCUGUCCUCCUGCAGGCGGAGCUGCUGCAACAUUGAGCUCUGAUCUAAACGAGCUGCAGGUUUCAUCUGAUUCUUCUGCUUCUCCGUCAGAUCAUCGAACCUUCGGUUAUUGAUCCUCAGAUUAUUGAUUAGAGCAGCAACAGAGACUUCGAUCCUCCUCCUCCACCCUCCAUCAUCCUUCCUCCUCCAUCAUCUUCGUCCUCCUCGUCCUCCUCCAGCCGCAGACCGUCAGACGGACGGUCAGACAGACGGACGGACUCCUCCGGCUGCAGUGAUGUCGGCGUCUCCCGCCCUCUCCGACCUUUCCCGCCUCUACCAGACGGAGUUUGUUCGCAGUGCCAGAGCCGUGGGCGUCCUCUGGGCCGUCUGCUCGCUCUGCUUCGCCAUCAUCCAGGUGGUCAUCCUGGUGCAGCCGUCCUGGAUCGGCACCGCGGACGUCCGGCCUCCGCAGCCCAGCGGCACCCUGGGAUUGUUUGAGGUAUGUCUGGAGUCUGAUUGGCCGGUCCCAGACUGUCGUGGCGGUCUGUCCAGUCUGUCUCCUCUGCCGUCCUUCCAGUCGGUGGCAGUGUUGGUGGGUGUGUCUCUGUGGGCGGUGUGGACCAGCGUCCUCUGUCUCUGUCUCUUCAGGUUCUGCAGCGCUGCAACCGUCUACAAGAUCUGCGCCUGGCUGCAGCUGACUGCAGGGUUCUGCCUGGCGCUGGCCUGCCUCCUGUUUCCAGACUCGUGGGAGAGUCCAGAGAUGAGAGCUCUUUGUGGUGACUCGGUGAGGACAAACACUGUGAGGGCUGAAUGUUGGGGAACAGAUAAAGUUCAUGUGGGCAGUUUCUCUCCAGGUAACUGUUCGGUGCACUGGGCCUACAUCCUGGCCAUCCUGGGAGUUCUUGAUUAUGCCAUCUUGGCCACGCUGGCCUUUGUCCUGGCCAACAGACAGGAUGCGCUGCUGCCGCCAGAUUCCCAGGACGUGACCACGGGUCUGCUGAUGACGGCAUGAAGACCUGGUGAGUCCCUUCUUCUUCAUGAAAAAUAUUUUUCCACGAAAUAUGUUUGUCUUUCAAUCUGACUGAAGCAAAACAGAAAUCAGCUGCCUGGAACAGACAUUAGUAAUCUGCUUUAGAGAUCUACAUCCAGAAUACAUCCUGUCCUACCCCAUCACUGACAUUUCAUCCGUUGUUAUCACCAGGAAAGACAGAAAAAUCCAAGAGGAAACAACAGAGACAGUGAUGGAGAAUGACAGAAAGCAACGACUGAAAAUAGCAGUGAAAUAACAGAAAAUAGUGAAAGAAAAUAUCAGAGAACCAUUACCGAGUAAGACAGACGAAAUAGACAACGGACAACAUUGUCACAGCAUAGCUAAUGACACCAACAGAACACAGUGACCAGAAAUGACAGGAAACUGUGCAACAAAAAUCUAAAUAUAAAAAAACAGCGACACAAACUACAGAAACUGACAGAAAACAAUGGAGAACAGUAUCAGAGAACAAUAAGGAACAGCCUCAGAACACAACAGAAACAGUAGAAGACAGAAACUGUCACAGAAAAUACCAAUAGAAUAGAAUAUUUUUAUUGUCAAGUCCUCUCUAUAUCCAGGACAUGCAGAGGAACUGAAAAGAUGUUUCUCUCUCACCUUUAUAUUAGCGCCAUACAUUUAAAAAAAAGGAUCAAAAUAAAAUAUGAAGAAAAUAACAGGUGUCUAGGGGAUGGAUGGAUGGAUGGAUGGAUGGAUGGAUGGAUGGAUGGAUGGAUGGAUGGAUGGAUGGAUGACCAGCCUCUCAGAACUUCUUGUGAUGAUGGUGCCAGGGUUAGGGUUAGCAGCUGGAUGGGUGGGCUGGUUUGAGACAUGGGACCUCCAGCUGGACUCAGAGAGACGCUAGAGAUGUCAGGGAGGACAUUCUUCCUUCACAGAGUCCUUCAAAACAUGAACUGACCCGAGACAUGUUGUCUGGUCCGGCUGCUUUAUGUAGUCUGACUCUGUAGAGGUUGACAAAAACAGGGACAGAAACAAAUAAUAACAGAAACAAAUAAAAACAGCAGCAGAAGCACCAACAGAUAUUAUACAACUAUAGCAGAAAAUGACAGAAACUCUGACAGAAAUCAACAGAAACGGAGACAACAACAGCAUAAAACAGCAACAUAAAACAAAACAGCAUAAAACAACAACAACAACAUAAAACAACAACAACAGCAUAAAACAACAACAACAUAAAACAGAAGCUCAAAACAACAACAUCAUAAAACAACAACAACAGCAUAAAACAGCAACAGUAAACAACAGCAUAAACAAAAACAUAAAACAACAACAACAACAACAACAUAAAACAACAACAGCAUAAAACAACAACAACAACAUAAAACAACAACAACAACAUAAAACAAAAACAGCAUAAACAACAACAACAGCAUAAAACAACAACAACAA